UUGAGAAACUGCAAGUCGCUUCUGGUGUGAGAGAAUUGGCUGUCUGCAGAAAUGUUGCCCAGGGGACGCCCAGAUAUUUUUUGAUGUUUUUACCAUCCUUGUGGGAGGCUUCUCUUGUGUCCCUGCAUGAACCUGGAGCUGAUAGAGGGAGCUCAUCUGCACUCUUCCCGGGUUGUAUUCAAACCGGCAACCUUCAGGAUCACUAUGGUUCUGAAUACGGAUCAGAUAAACUUCAUUGGACAGGUGCUCGAAUCGUAUGUUUUGGAACACCACAAAAAUGAUAUCUUGCAGAUUUUGGGAGAAAAAGACGAUGAUGCCCAUUACCCAGUUAUUGUUGAUGCUCUAACGCUUUUUGAGACCAAUAUGGAAAUUGGUGAAUAUUUCAAUGCAGCCCCCAAUGAAGUGCUUCCCAUUUUUGAUAAUGCGUUGCGCAGGGCAGCUGUGACCAUCUUUCAGUCCAUCUCUCAAGUUCAUGGCUUCAUCAUUAAGCAGAAUCUUCAUGCCAGAAUAUCGGGUUUACCUGUUUGCCCAGAGCUAACUAGAGAACACAUCCCAAAAACAAGAGAUGUUGGACACUUCCUUUCGGUCACUGGCACGGUGAUUCGUACCAGCUUAGCUAAAGUCCUGGAGUUUGAACGGGAUUACAUGUGUAACAAGUGCAAGCAUGUUUUUGUGGUCAAGGCUGAUUUUGAGCAAUACUACGCUUUCUGCCGCCCAUCAUCCUGCCCUAACAAAGAAGGCUGCAACUCUUCCAAGUUCACUUGUCUCUCCGGAACAUCCUUUGCUCCCAGCAGUUGCAGAGACUAUCAAGAAAUAAAGAUACAAGAGCAGGUUCAAAGGUUGUCUGUUGGAAGCAUUCCUCGCUCUAUGAUGGUUGUUCUGGAAGAUGACUUAGUUGAUAGUUGCAAAUCUGGGAAUGCUACCAUCAGAAUAUACAAAAAUGCAGAGACUUAUAGGUUGGCAGGUGGUGUGGUGGUGCUAUGGAAAGCCACUGGUUUACUUCCUCCAGGUGAUGACAUAACAGUUUAUGGAAUAGUAAUGCAGAGGUGGAAACCUUUUCACCAAGAUUCACGCUGUGAUGUAGAGAUUGUCUUGAAAGCCAAUUAUAUUCAAGUAAACAAUGAGCAAAUGACAGGAGUUAUCAUUGAUGAGGAGGUCCGGAAGGAAUUUGAAGAUUUUUGGGAAAAACAUAGAAAUGAUCCCUUAGCAGGCAGGAAUGAGAUCUUGGCUAGCUUGUGCCCUCAGAUUUUUGGCUUGUAUCUCGUGAAGCUUGCUGUAGCCAUGGUCCUUGCAGGUGGCGUACAGAGAACAGAUGCUGCGGGCACACGGAUUAGAGGUGAAUCUCAUCUUUUAUUGGUUGGAGACCCUGGGACAGGAAAGUCUCAAUUUCUGAAAUACGCAGUCAAGAUUACUCCACGAUCUGUGCUUACAGCAGGAAUUGGAUCUACCAGUGCAGGUUUGACCGUAACUGCUGUGAAAGACUCUGGAGAAUGGAAUUUGGAGGCUGGUGCUCUGGUUCUGGCUGAUGGGGGUCUUUGCUGUAUUGAUGAGUUUAACAGCAUCAAAGAACAUGACAGAACCAGCAUUCAUGAGGCCAUGGAGCAACAAACAAUCAGUGUGGCAAAGGCUGGCUUAGUGUGCAAACUGAACACAAGGGCCACUAUUUUGGCAGCAACCAAUCCCAAGGGCCAGUACGAUCCCAAUGAAUCUGUCUCAGUGAACAUAGCGCUUGGAAGUCCUCUCCUUAGCAGGUUUGAUCUUGUCUUGGUAUUGCUGGAUGCAAAAAAUGAAGAAUGGGAUCGCGUCAUUUCUUCCUUCAUAUUAGAAAAUAAAGGCUGCCCAAGUGUGUCUGAAAAGCUUUGGACCAUGGAAAAAAUGAAAACAUAUUUUUGCCUUAUAAAGAGCCUGCAGCCAAUAUUGACUGAUAAAAGCAACCUGAUUCUUGUCCGCUAUUAUCAGAUGCAGAGGCAGAGCGACUGCAGAAAUGCUGCACGAACCACCAUCCGCUUAUUGGAGAGCUUGAUACGGUUAGCCGAAGCACAUGCUCGGUUGAUGUUUAGGGAGACAGUAACUGUGGAAGAUGCUGUAACUGUGGUUUCAGUGAUGGAGUCCUCUAUGCAGGGAGGGGCCCUUCUCGGAGGGGUCAAUGCACUGCACACUUCGUUUCCUGAGCACCCACUGGAGCAAUACCGAAUGCAGUGUAAACUGAUUCUAGAAAAGCUGGAGCUGCAAGACCUUCUGCAUGAAGAACUGAAAAGGCUUGACAGACUACAGCAUGAAAAUUCAUCUCCGCUGCUGUCCAAAGAAGCAUCUUUGAACUAUCAUUCACUUGAGAAACCAAAGCAGACGUCUCAUCCAGAGCAUUCAGACAAAGAGGGAAACAAUCCAAUAAUUCAUUUGCAGUCGCCAGUUGCCAAAAUAGACCCUGCAACUGAUAGGGAUCUAGUGCUCACAAACAGCCAAACAUCUAAUGAUAACAGAGUAACAGAAUCUAUUGGCAAACCUAGCGAGAGCAGUAAUGAUAGCAGUUUGAACUGGUUUGAUAGUUUAGCCGGUGGCAGCGACGAGGCUGAAAAGAGUUCUUGCAAAUCUCCAGUUGCAGGACCAUCUCAAGAAAGUUUAGCUUUGGAAACACCAAGCGACCAGGUCUGCUCUGAAGAGAGAACCUAUUUGAGAGAAGCCAAGCAAACUGGGAUGCAGGAAUCACAGGCAACAGCAGCUGCAGGAGAUCCUUGUAAUCCUACUACAAAAGAAAUCCUUUUUCUUGAAAGGGCAGGCAAGCCAAGAGCAAGCAACAAACCUUCAUCUCACCCUCCCUCCCCUGAUUUAGUAGUUACCCAGAGGGCCUCUAAGAAAUGGCAAAAGGUAAACAUUGAGAGGAUCCGUGGGUUUUGUGCGAGCACCCCUGACUCUAAGACCAGAGACCCCCUGGCUUCAUUGUCUUCUGAUCCAGACAUUGCUCCCCAGUCUCCUAUAAUGGACAUCAAGGCUUUCCUUUCGCACAAUGUGCCUUCAAGGGACCAGAAACUGGUAACUUCAAACAAAAAGCGAAGUAGAGACCAAGCAGAGAAGGGAGAAGGAGAGAGUCUCAGGGAACCUGAAAUCCCUGAGAGCUCAGGACCUGCACCUCCCAAGCUGUCUAGGUUUUCCUUUAAGCAGAAGCCAAGGCUUUCUUAUUCUUCUAAAAAUGAGGCUCAUGCCCAGUUACCCACAGUUUGCAGCUCUUGCUCUUCUACCACAAAUGUGUUAGAGACGAAGCCAAAGAAAGUAUGUUCUGAGAAAUACCAGAAAAUACUUGAUGCUAACGUAGGAAGUAGGAGCAUGAUGAAACCAAUCUGUGAUAACAGAAGAGAGGAACAGAAACAACAUGAAACUUCUCUUCAUUCAACCACAAAAAAUACCAGCAAAGGAGAAGUAUUGGGUGGCCUCGAAACAAAGAAAGUGUGUUCCAGCACAUUAGCAAAAUUGGCCAAGUUUGCCUUCAUGCCAUCUGCUGAAUCCAAAGGAGAGGCUUCAGAAUCAAAAGAAGAGCUUCACUCAGUUUCCUUGAAUGUCACCAAUGAAAAUGAGGACAGGCAAAAGCAGCCCCUGAAGCCCCGAAACUAUAGCACAGGCCACACAAGGAAGUGCUUUGAACUCGACAAAAGUAGUGUGGUCACAGGCAACUCUUUGUUCUCAGUAACAGAUUUUGAUGAUACAGAGUUAGACUUUGAUUGGAAUGAAGAGAGCCAGAAAAAAGCCACAUCUUAAAACAUAAUUUCAUCAGAAAGAUACUCUUAACAGUUUCCAUAAUUGGCUUAAUUUGAGAUUGGGGGCUGGGAGUGGCAAAUACUAGUUUCAUCUAGCCCGGAAAUAAUAAGGACCCAAAUGGCUUUGUUAUAGAUAAGGCAUCAGAUGGAAAAUAGAUCCUACUUUGAAAUCCCAUUCCCCUGGAAGGUGGCGUUUUUAGGGCACUCAGGCUGUUAGCCUCAAACAGAAUAAAUCUUAUUGAAGUGAACAGGACUAACUACAGAGAGUCCUUUGAAGAAAGCCGUAGAUCAGAUGCUGUUGUAGCUAAUUCUUUCAAGCUAACUAUUUCAAGAUGCCUAAUUCCAUUGAUGGAUUAAGUUGGAAUAUUUUGGUAUAACUGCAGAACGAGAAAACUUUGAUAUUAAUAAAACAGAUCCCCCCUCCCCUCAUUUCUUUCCUGACGUCUGCUUAUUACCCAAUGCAGCAAUUGGGUCAGUUUCAGCUUGACUUCUCCUUCAAAUAAAAGGAGAAACACACAUUAUAUUUUUUAAACUGUGAUGGUGAAUUUUCUACCAUUCAUUGUUUCCUUCACUGCUUCAUCAAAGUUUCAUUCUAUUCCGUAAUGGUUUUAGGCUCAUGGCAUUCAUGUUGUCUUCAUACUAUAUCAAUUAGAUAGUGUUGUGUGGUAUAAAUGAGCAAAAUCACUUUCUUGGCUCUCUUGUGUAUGUGCAUUUUUUCAUGCCAUAAAUGUAAGUAGGCUCCACUACUCUACUCAUUCAGCAUGGGUAUUUUAUUGAAGAAUUUAAUUUAAUUGUUUACUGUAGACUCCUCAACACACAUUAUUCUUUCCAGUGUUGCUUUGUAUGAUUGGUGGGCUUUGUAAUAUUUUGUUUAACUAGGAGUUUUGUCAAAAGAAAUUGGGAAGGUUAACUCAGUGUAGGGCUUAAAAUGAUGGGAAAAUGGAUUUCGGUUAUCAUGCAUUCAUUAAAAUUUAUGACCUCU